GUGACAUUUCUUGACUCCAUUAUUUAAAGUCCAUGCUCUUUAUCAUUCUCAAAUUGACUCCCUACUCUGUUGUCUUAGGUGCCUCUAUUAUUCAAUACUGUGAACAACUUGCAUUCCCUGUGUUUAACAACAACUUAGUCGUUAAUGAGGCCGGGGAAGAUCUGAAGGCUGAACUUUUGAAUUGUCGGUGUAUCUUACCUCCACAGAGUGCCUUCUACAUGAUUUCGAAUGGAUAAGAAGCUAAAGUCUCCACUAGAAAGGCCAUCCUUUAGAAUGUUCCUCGUUGGUGAUGACUUCUCUCAGCAUCUGCCUAUACCACCUGCAUUUAUCAAGAACUUCAAUGGACGAAGACUUGGAAAAUGUACUCUCAGAGGCCCUAGUGGAAAAUGUUGGGCUGUGGAACUGGAACAGAGAUGGGAUGGCUUGUUCUUCCAUAAGGGUUGGCCUGGUUUUGUGAAGGAUCAUUUUAUAGAACUUGAGGACUUUCUGAUUUUCUAUUAUGAUGGUGGCUCAGAGUUUAAUGUCACCAUCUAUGAUAAAACUUGUUGCGAGAAGGAUGUAAAAGCAGCAGCCAAGAGGCCUGCAAGUGAUCAUUUGGCAGAAACAUCAACGGGGGGGGCCAUCUUGUUCAAAUCGGAGAAUGCGUUUUUUAUACAAACUUUGAAGUCCUAUAAUCUAUAUGCCAUGUUGAUUCCGAAGGAUAUAGCCAUAGCUGAAGGACUUAUGAGCUCUCAAGGCAUUUUGAUCAAAGAGACUAUAAUGCUUCAAGAUCAAACGGGGAGAUCAUGCCUUACUCACCUUUAUCUCAAGCCAGAUGGUCGUUUGAUGAUGACAGAAGGAUGGACAACAUGUCGGAAGGCAAACCAGAUUUCACUUGGGGACGACAUU